GCACAGCAGCAUGCACAGACAGCCAGUGCACAUGGCUGGGGACAGCGGGAUGGCCGGGAAGGUGGCACUGCUCCUGUGGGCCCAGACCCUCGGCCUCACUGGUGCCCAGACCACCCAGAUCCUCGUGGAGCCCCCCUGGAGGCCGGCGGUGCUGUGGGACCAGGUGACACUGACCUGCCACGGCUCAGGGACCGCUGGUGACACCACCUGGUACAGGGACGGGCAGCGCUGGUUGCAGCAGGGAAUCGACUGCCUCACUGUCACCCUGAGUGGCACCUACACCUGUGACAGGCCCGGCAGCGGGCGCAGCCCCCCCGUGACAGUCUCACACGACAAUCUGGUGCUGCAGGUGCCGGCGCGGGCGCUGCUGGUGGGGGACACGGUGACACUGCGCUGCCGGGCCUGGCAGAAGAACAUGGUCACCAGGGUGUCUUUCUACCAUGAGUGGAAGGAACUGGGGGGACUCCGCGAUGGCACCGAACUGUCCCUGUCCCCUCUGCAGCUGAGCCACAGCGGCAGCUACCACAGCAAGGGCUGGUUGGAACUCUGGGCGUUAGAGAAGUUUUGGGAAUCGGCACCAGUGACAGUGACAGUGCAGGUGCCCGUGGCCAAUGCCACCAUCACCCCCAGGACCCUGUCACACCAGGUGCACCCAGGUGACAACGUUACACUGCACUGCUCGGUGCAGGUGGGCUCAGCCCCUGUCACCUUCACCUGGCUGCACAAUGGGCAGGAGGUGGCUCGGGGUCCCCUCCUGGAGCUCAGGGACAUCGAUGUGGGACAUUCAGGCACCUACCAGUGCGUGGCCACCAACCAGCUGGGACAGGACGGGCACCGCGUGUUCCGGACACUCAGCCCAGAGAUGGCCCUGGAGGUGACACCUGGCUCACCCUGGGUCACAGGUGGGGUCACACGGGGUCCCCGGGGUGUUCAGGACCCCCGGGAUGAUGGGUGACCCCAUUGUGUCCCCCUCUAUCUCUUACAGUGGCCACAGGGGUCGGUGGGGCCCUUUUGUUCCUGCUCCUGCUCGUGGGUGUCAUUGUGGCCAGGCACCGGUGGCACCAUGUGGAUGCCAGGAAGCACCAGGAAAGGGCACCCCCAGAGCCCCUGGCACCCUCAGUGGAGGAUCCUCAGGCGACGUACAUGGAGCUGCAAUGGCAACUGUGGGAACCCAGGGACAUCUAUGACAAUCUACACCAGAAGUUGUGAUGCUCUGGGAAGCGGGAGGCACUGGGUGACACUGGGGGUGCUCCCUCCAUGGCUCCUGUGCUUGCCCAUCCUUCCAAGGGAGGUGGUCAUGGGUCAGGGGGAGGCUACACAGGGCACCCUCUGCUCCCCAUUUCCUCUCCCACUACCCCCAAGGGCUCCCCCACCCCUUUGCUCGUACCUGCAGGGCCUCCCCAGCCCCAUCCCAGUGCCCAAGUACCCGCAGUGACUGCCCCAUUCUCUCCCCACGGUGCUUGCAGUACAGCCAGGGCUUCCCCAUCCCCCCUCCCACUACCCCUGUCCCAUCCCGCUGUAAAAGGGGGAGUUGGGGAGGAUUCCUUCUGAAAGGUUUCUCAGAUGAAAAUGAAGCACAAACAUGGCUAUAUUA